GGAAAUUUCUUCCCUUCUUCCUCUUCCUUGUUUUCUCUCACUACUUUCAUGAGAGAGAGAGAGAGAGAGAGAGGAAUGAUUGAGAAAAUCGUGUUGUUAUUAUUGUACGUUUUACGCUCACCUUCAAUGGCGGGGACCCGUUUUUGUCCAUUACCUUCAUCAUUUCCAUGCUUCGUUGGCCUUCGUUCUUUAUCAUGAUUUUAAUUCAUUCUGAUCCAAUUUCCCCAUCUUCGAUCGAUCUUUCCAGUUCGUUUCAUUUUGUUCUUCGUGUUUCUGUUUCUGGAUUUGUUGUUUGAUUUGCUGGAAAUGAGAGAUUUCGAUUGGAAUUGUUCUUUUUCAGCGCAUCUGGAUUUUGGUUCAUUUUGAUUAAACUGAGAAACUUCAUUGAUUUUGAGUUGAAUUUUUUCUGGAUUUGGCGAGUUUUUCUCUGUUCUUUGUCGUUCUGGCUUUUCAGCAACUGUAUGGUUCUGAUUCAUUGGCUGAAACUGAGAAACUCCAUUGAUUCUGUGUUGAAAUCAGUGAGUGUUCAGGGAUUUAUAAGUUAUGUUUUCUCUGUUCUUAUUCAUCUGAUGAUCUCCAUUGAUUCUGAGUUAAAAUCAGUGCAUGUUCGCGGAUUUUACAAGUUGUCUUCUCUCUGUUCUUCUUCAUCUGAUGAACUCCAUUGAUUCUGAGUUAAAAUCAGUGCGUGUUAGCGGAUUUUACAAGUUGUCUUCUCUCUGUUCUUCUUCAUCUGAUGAACUCCAUUGAUUCUGAGUUAAAAUCAGUGCGUGUUCGCGGAUUUUACAAGUUGUCUUCUCUCUGUUCUUCUUCAUCUGAUGAACUCCAUUGAUUCUGAGUUGAAAUCAAAUAGUGUUCGGGGAUUUUAUAAGUUAUCCUCUCUCUGUUCUUCAUCAUGUGAUGAACUCCAUUGAUUCCGAGUUGAAAUCAGCUAGUGUUCGAGGAUUUUACAAGUUAUCUUCUCUCUGUUUUUCUUCAUCUGAUGAACUCCAUUGUUUAUCUGCAAUUAUGCUCUCAUUAAUCUGCUGAAACUUGCAACUUCUUCAAAUUUUGAAUCAAAAUCUGCUCAAAAUCAUCUUCGAAUUUAUUUCAUCUAAAUAAACUCGUCGAUCCAUGGCUGGAAUGUUGCCUGGAGUUGAAUGCGCAAGACGGCGGCGGUUCCACCAGAGCAUAACGUCAUCGGACUCGGCGUCCACGGCGGCGAAAUUAGGAUCCACAAGAAGGUCCUCCUUCUGUUUGUAUACAAGCAACCGUGAUUUCCACCUCACUUCAUCUUCUUCACAGCAACGGUGCUCUUCGAAUCACGCUUACCAGAACGAGAAGCUUGGGCAAGCUGCAAGAGAAGCUAAGGAACGGUUGGAUGAGAGGUUGAGAACGCACAGAAAACCUGAGAAUUCAAGGAAGAAGAGUAGUAGUGAAGAAGUAGGGUUGAAGAAGGAGAAAGCGAAGGGAAAGGAAGAAACAACAACGAAGAAGAGGUUCAGUUGGGGGAAGCUAAUGAAAUGGAAAGCCUCCGAACAGGAAGAGUGCACUGUUUGUCUCGAAAGGUUCAGAGCGGUCGAGCCACUGGUCCAUCUUCCAUGCGCUCACAAGUUCCACUCCACCUGUUUGGUCCCUUGGCUCCAAGCUAAUGCCCAUUGUCCUUGUUGUAGGUACCCUAUUCUCGCUCAAUAACAAACCAGAAAUUAUUGGAAUAAAAUCAGUUUGGUUUGAUUCAGA